UGUGUUUAAAGGGGCUGGGCAAAGGAGAUGAGUUGACGCAAGUCUCAUAUACUCUUGUCUGUCUCUCUACAAACACACACACACACAGAACUGGUGCGUGGUGAGCGAAAAGGAAUCUCAGAUGACAAAGUGUAGAGCUGGAUGAACACAGCAGGCUCGGUCCAUUUUGACUGGAGCUCCGCUCUCCCAAGGCAAGACAACAGGGGAUUCCAAACAGACCAGAGAUCCUGCUCCUGUCCUCCCCCUGAGGGAGCUCUAAUGAUUUCCUGAGGACCUGGUAUUCACAGAACAUUGGACUGUCCUUCCGCUGGGAUCCAGACAGGCACGCUGGAGCAGCCUGACCUGCCCGCGACCCCAGCCAGUCGCGGGGGGCCACAGGGCUUCCUGAGAUGAAGGAGACCGGGUCCAGCUCUGUGUACCGCUCAGGGGCCGCUCAGGGAGAUGGUGGCACGGCGCGGGGCGUCCGGAAGGAAGCUUCCUGUCUAGAGAUGUGACUGCGGUGGUCCCAAUGUCUACUCUCCUGCUGCUCUGUGCAAUCGUGCACCUGGGAUCCCACUGCAGUUUGGUCACAUCAUCAUACAGCCCGUGCACAGAUUUGCAACCACAGGAUCUCCUGUCUGAAAUUAUUGAAGGGCCUUGGCCACUAGUGAAUGGGGUCAGGAUGGUUCAGGAGCAUGGAGCCCGUGGCCUGCGACUCAGUCAGAAUGUGAAAGCAGCUAGCUUCCCUGCUUCUCGCAUCUUCAAGAUCUGUAGCUACUUCCCAGUCGAAUUCUCCAUUGUUAUCACACUGAAAGUGACCUACCUGCCACUGAAGAAAAAUGAAUACAUCUUCACUUUGCUCCAGGAGAGUUCGAACCACAUGUUGCUGGGGCUGAGGGUCUCGUCUGACAAGCUCCACCUUGAGUUCUCCCACGGUGACCACCCCUACAGCCACACAAAGAGGGCCACCUUUCGAGACCUCCGCCUAGCUGAUAGGCGCUGGCACACCCUGGUGCUGGCUGUAACAGCCAACAUUGUGUCUCUCACCAUAGACUGUUGCCCACCUAUAGACAUGUUCCUGGAUGUUUUAUUUCCUGAACAGCUGAACACUGCCAAGUCUCGAUUCUACAUUGGGAGCAGGAGGAGGCAGAAAGGACUGUUUUCAGGGUUACUGAGACAGCUGGUACUGUUACCGGGAUCUGAUGCUACUCAACAAAUCUGCCCAAAUCCCAAUCCCAGAUUAGCUGCUCUCUCAAUCCCAAAAAUCUUGAUGGAGCUUCCGCUCAAGCCGUCGGAGACUGAUAUCGUGAAGCACCCGUACGAAACAGAUGUAAAGGUGACGAUUGGGAGCCACCCGUCCUGCACCGAGACUGAAGCCAGCCGUCUCUGGUUUGAUGUUUUCAAUAAAGACCUCUAUAUCUGUGAUGGGAAGACUUGGGUGUCAAUCUUACAAGCUAAGGAAAGACUCGACUAUGUCGAGAACUAUCAAAAUCUGGUGACCAACUCAGAAACACUAGAUGUGGAGAUCUUUGAAAUCCCAAACAUUGGACUCUUUGCUGCCACAGCCAAUAGGAAGCCCCAGCCAGGUUCGACGAUCUUUAAGUGGUUGGAUGGGAAGUUCGAGCCAUAUCAGAACAUCACAACUUAUGAAGCUCAAGCCUGGAAAUACUUCUCCAUUGGCCCUGAGGUUUUCCUGGCCGUAGCCAAUUUUGAAAAGAAUGAACGGAACCAGGAGUAUUCAGUCAUCUACAGAUGGAGCCAGAGGAGGCUGCGGUUUGUUCUGUACCAGAGACUAGCAACUCACAGUGCCCGUGACUGGGAGGCCUUUCAGAUCAAUGGGGAGACAUUCCUUGCUGUAGCCAAUCAUCGUGAAGGAGACAAUCAUAAUAUUGACAGCAUCAUUUAUAAGUGGAACCCCAACACCCGUCUGUUUGAAAGGAACCAGACCAUUCCAACCUCGGGAGCCUAUGACUGGGAAUUCUUUACGAUCGGACCCUACUCCUUCUUAGUCGUGGCGAAUACCUUCAAUGGGACAUCAACCCGGAUCUACUCCAGGAUUUACAUCCGGCUGGGAGGAAUGUUCCGACUUUUCCAGUCAAUCCCGACAUAUGGUGCGACUGACUGGGAGGUUUUCCGUGUUCAAGAGAGAGUUUUUCUGGCAGUUGCAAAUAGCCAAAGCUACGAGACAGGGGCAGUGAAUAGAGUCAAUGCCUUCAAUAUUAAUUCUACCAUCUACGAACUCAACAUCACAGCUCAAAUGUUUGUCAAGUUUCAAGACAUUCCAACAAACAGUGCAGUUGACUGGGAGUUCUUCACUGUGGGUGAUGACAGUUUUCUGGUUGUGGCCAACUCGUUUGAUGGCUCCAAGUUUUUUUUAAACAGUGUUAUAUACAGGUGGCAGGGUUACGAAAGUUUUGUUCCAGUCCAUCAGCUCCCAACAUACGGAUGCACAGACUGGGAAAAGUUCCACACAGCAGAUGGCUCAUACCUCAUCUAUUCCAGUGCAAAGGAACGCAUUUCCAAGGUGCUCAAACUGAAGACUUAUUGACUAAGGGGCAAUUCAGUCAAUACUUUACAGAAAAGGAAUUGGAUUCAAUUCGAUGUCCUUAAGCUCAUUGAAAUCAGCAGUCACUCAAAAGGUCUUUCUUACAGAGAGUAGUUUCCCUUGCUAACCAAGUUUUUUAUUAGCAGAAUGGACAAUCCUGCUUACGUUGUUUUAAGAGUUGCUUUUCACUCCUGGGAUCAGGACAUUACAUUGUGAGCAAUGAAGAGAAGACACCAUUGGAUUAUUUUCUUUAGGAAUCUUUAUGAAUUUGCUGCUCAGUUAUUUCCCCCAUACUACCAUGAACAAGUGAUUGGAAAAGCUGGAAGAUGCUAUAUUGGGGUGAUAAGAAGUGAAGAUGAAUGAGCCACGAUGUGUGCCAUUCUUGGAUGGGCAGAGACUUUGAGCUAUAAAUAAUUUUUAUUUAUUUAUAUAAAUCUAUAUACAGGAUAGAUAUAUAAUAGCUGUGUAUACAUAUGCACACAAUACUCCCCCUAGCAUCCAAACUGCUGCAUGAAUUUGUUGUUCCAUUUAGACAAAUUUCUUGGCCAGAAUGGGGGAGCGGGCCUCCCUCCCUACUGUUACUGCUCAGAUCUCAUUCCUAUGGCUCAUCUUACUCUGUGCUAAUUGGAACCAUUUUCAUUUCUUCGCCUAGCUGAGCUAAAUGAAAACAGUUGAAAACCUCAGACAGAAAAGCCAAGGGGAAAUAAGUUUGGUGAGGAACCUUUACAAAAGGUAGCAAUAUCUAAUGGU